UGGUCAUAGUUUUGGUUUAUUCAAUUUCAUUCGCUCACAUGCGUUCGUACUUCGUUUCAUUCGUUCAUUGAAUUGAAGUGCGACUGCCGGAGUGCAGUGCCUUAUGCGAAAAAAACAAGGGAUUUUAAGUAUUAUUAAUCCGAUUAAAAUUCUGUAAGAAAAAGUUAAAAAUGGAAGGUGAUAAAUCAGACACUUCAAACCCAAAAUCAUUUUCGGGCAUACCAGAGGCAGUGUUUGUGGAUAAUGUUGAUGAAUUUAUGAGCAAGCCUGAAAACUCUGGCGGAGUAGACAAAGUUUUGCGAAGCCUUGAUGAACAACACGCUAAAUAUAAACACAUGGAGUUAUCUCUAGCAACAAAGCGGAGGCGUCUUAGGCAACAGAUACCAGAUUUAGCGAGGUCACUAGAAAUGAUUGAAAAGCUGAAGAUUCAGAAAGAGGAAAUGGAAACAGAGUUUCUUCUCAGUGAUCAAGUGUUUGUGAAGGCAAACAUACCUCCAACUGAAAAAGUUUAUUUGUGGCUUGGAGCAAAUGUUAUGUUAGAAUAUACAUUAGAGGAUGCUGAAAGCUUACUCUCAUCGAAUAUGGCUACUGCUAAGAAGAAUCUAGACUGUGUUGAACAUGAUUUAGAUUUCUUAAGAGACCAAUGGACAACUACUGAAGUAAACAUGGCAAGAGUUUACAAUUGGGAUGUUAAAAGGCGCCAGGCUGCCAAGGCAUCUAGUUAAUGAUUUUCUACAAUACACAGCAUUAAGUACUCACAAAUUAAUACUAUACUAUUGCAAUAUAAAUACUAUUUUGUAGUUUUCUACUGAAAAGGAGAGCUGGCCAGUACUAUUUUAUGAUAAUAAGCGGUUUCAAAUUUCUAAUCGCUUCUGGCUGGCCUCCAACUCUUCUUGAAAUUUAUUAUUUACUUACGAGUCAGUCUGAAUAAUUAUAAAUUUAUACAUUUUGUUGCCUGAAAGCAUACCCAAGUAGGGUAAUUCACUGUAACUACCUACUAUUCAAUGAGUUGCUCUGCUGGAUGCUCAAUAAAUUUUCUCUGUGCCUAUAAAUUUCUAAAUCCACUGAUGAGAAGUGUGUGUAGUAGUAGUACCUAUAUGGCAAUUAUGCAUUAUCCAUCGUAAUAGUCCUAAACAGAGCUCAGUCACCAAAGCACCACUGUCAAAUAUUGCUAGCUCUGCCUUAUAAGCAUGCCCUCAUAUUUUCGUCUCCUUGACUAAGCUGUAUGUAGAUUUUUACGUAUUGUAUAAUUUAAAGUAACUAUUAGUGUCUUAUUUCGAUGAUAGUGCUUAUUUUUAAAAGUUUGGUUAGUUAUAUUAGUUUCCUGAAUAUAUCUUGUAUUAACACUACUUAUGCUGAAAUAAUAAACUUCACAGGUAACUUAUUUAUUAAUGUUAAGUUAAAAUUACAGUGCCCAUGCAUGUAAAUAAGACCUGAAAUGCAUUAUCAAAUUAAUAAAAUACUGCUUAUAAAAA